AUGAUGCCAGAAAAGAGAAUUCAGUUUGAUAAAUGGUUCGAGGCAAAUCAUAACAAACCUUUCCUACUAGAAGAACAAUUGGCAGCUUAUUGUGUUAAUGAUGUCGAAAUUCUUUUAGCGGCUUUAAUAACAUUUCGUAAGGAUUUUAUGGAUAUUUCCAAUGGACUUGAUGUACUACGCGAAGCCAUGACAAUUGCAAGUGCAUGUAUAAAACAUUUCCGUCUAAAUCACUUAAAACCUAACCAUUUGGGAAUAGUUCCAGAGAAAGGAUAUGAUAAUGUUGAUAACCAAAGCAUGCUUGCAUUGAAAUUUCUCAAUUGGUAUUCAGAAAAGCAUAAUGUUAUUGUGAGAACAGCUCACUCAAAAGAUGGGGAAAAAAGAAUUGAGAAUUAUAGACUAGAUGGAUGGAUAGAAGAGGAGAAGCUUGGAAUUGAGAUAAAUGGGUGUUGCUGGCACGGGUGUAGAAAAUGUUAUAAAGACAAAAACAUGCUACUUCCAAAUGGUAAAACUGUGGAAAAUCAACGAGAGUUGGAUAAAAAACGAUAUAGAAAUGAGAAGAAUGUUUAAAACUUAUCGAGAUGAUGGUCCAAUUAAUCUCAGAUCAGCUUUUUAUGGUGGAAGGACGGGGCCUCUAAAACUUUUUCAUAGUAUUGAGCCAGAACAAAAAAUUUCAUACUAUGAUGUAACCUCCUUAUACCCGUAUGUAAAUGUCACCACUCGCUACCCAAUUGGUCAUCCUCGAGUCCACAUAUUUAAUAAAAAUGUCAGCUGGAACAAGCCUGAAGAUAACACUUAUGAAAUUGCAAUCUUAAAAGUAUUUGUAGUUCCACCUCGACAGAUAGAUAUAC